UGUUUAAUAUAUACACACCCAAAAGAAAUGGUGUUUUGGUCCUUUCCACCGACCUCUAAGCAACUCAAAUUCACUCUCUCCGGCGUCGUCGCCGGCGUUACUCUCAUCGCCGCCGGUGCAUAUCUUUCCUUUUCCAACAUUGCCCCUCAACAAGCUCGAGCUAAGGCCCGAAAAGAUUACAUCAAAGCUCGACUCAAACAGCUUGUACAAGAUUAAAAUCAACUUCACUGUUUACUACUUGUAAAGAGUUUGAUUUAGUGUGUGCAAAUUUGAGCUUUUUCUCAGAUUUUUUGCUUGCUCUUGCUCUUGGAGAUUAUGCUUGCAUUUUGGCUCUUCAAUUGAACUUUCUACGUUUCAUCAGCAAAUGGUUCAUGUUUAUGCAGUGUAUCCAGUACUAUAUUUUGGAAGCAAAUGCUGCAUUGUCUGCGGCAGCUAUCAUUAACAGCAACAACUAACUGCUCAUCUCCAUCUUUGGAAGGUGGCGUAGCUGAUGAUAACACAGCAAGUUCCCAACCUUCACCUACCGUUAACCUAUCACGAGCAUAUACCCUUGCAGUGAAAACUUCUUCUUACGGCGAGAUAUGGUCCAAGGUCCACCAUGAGGUCCCUUCUGACCUUAGUGUGGAGGUAGCACAAGUUGAGUUCCAGGAGGAGCCGCUGCAACUAGAAGAUAUCCUUAAACCAAAUCAUGAGUGUGUUCAAGAGGCACUUUUGCAUAUAAAACCAGAAGCCCUAAACCUACUUAUCGCUAAGUACUUGGAUGACAGUGAGCAAACCGCUCGUCUCUGUAUCAGUUUCUCUCAAAGUGUAAACCAAGCUCGACGUUUGUAUGCUCCCAUUUGUAGGCUGCUCGAUGUCCUUCCCCAGGAAAUGGAGUCUACUGGACAUUCCCUUUCGCAAGCUCAAUGCAAUUGGGCAUUUGACAUCUUCCUCCAAUUUGACAGUCUCAGCAAUCCCUUUCCUAUACAUGACACCCAUAACUUCAAUGAUAUGCGUCAUUGUUACUUAGAGCUAAAGCGUGAGCUUGACCUGCUUUUACAAAAGUCACGUUCAAAGGUCCAACUUCUCCGUCAUGCUACCAAAGGCUCAGUCGUAUGUUUAGUUGCAGCUACUAUUGGAGUGGUCAUAACAGCUGUAGUUAUAGCUUCUCAUGCUUUUGUCGCCCUUGUAGCAGCCCCGGCGUGCACUGCUUGCAUCCCUUCAAAAAUGGCAAAAAAAGAACUGGUCCAUCUGGCGCAACUGGAUGUUGCAACAAAGGGUAUCUUUUUCCUCCACAAUCACUUAGAAACAGUAAAUUGUUUGGUGGGCCGAUUAUAUGAUGCAGUGGAGUUCUACAAGCGUCUUGUUCGCUUUGCACUAGAGAGAGGAAAAGACCGAUACCCUAUCCAGGAGGUAGUGAAGCAACUUCACAGGAAACAUAGCAAUUUUUUGGAAGAGCUUCUGGGACUUGAGGAGCAUUUGUGCCUAUGUUUUGCUGCAAUAAAUAAGGCCAGAGGCCAUCUUCUCAACUAUCUCCUUCAGCAAAAUCAGGAUCCUGGGUAAUUAUACUUGUAUGAUACUGCAAGAAUCCUUCAUUUGUUUUAGGCACCUUUUUUUGUUUUCUCCUCUAGAUAUCUAAUUUUUCUGGCAUAUUUAACUUGCUUUUUUGAAUUUUUAUCUGUGCUAAAUGAACCCAUCAAUGGCAAACCAAAAUGUGAUAUAUUGACUCUUGAAGCUCAUUUUGUCGAAAACAUCAAUGACAACUACUCCUUCCGUCCCA